AUGCCCCGCUUCAUAUUCCAUUUAGUGCAGGCUGUUUUCCAGCUUCUUCAAAAAGCGCUCACGAUAAUAGGCACAUCUAUCCACACCCUAAAAUGCCAUCUCCAAGGAAAACCCACCCACUCUAAGAUCCUAAUAGCCGGGCCCAGAAACGCCGGGAAAACAACCCUCGCGCAUCAGCUGCGGACGGGAUCGGGCGGCAAGGUCGAGUGGCGAGAGAUAGCCAGCAAACGCCUCACAUUCGUCGACACAAGCGGCUUCGCCGCCCCACCCCUCUCGGCCUUCCUCCCAGGCACAGCUGGCAUAGUCUUCAUGAUGGAUGCAACGGACUACGAUCUGUUCCCCGAAGCGCGGAGGAUGCUCGAUGAUCUUCUGAAGAGCGAGGAGGUAGCAGGCGUGCCUGUUGUCAUCUUUGUUAACAAGAUUGACCAUUAUGGGGCGGUGGGGCCGGAGGAGUUCCUGACGCUUAUGAGACUGGAUAUGAAUCGCAAGGAAGAUGGGACUGCGGGGUUGGAGACCCUGCGGAGGGAGAGGGCGAUCGAGGUUGUCUUUGGGAGUGUGGUUCUGGGCCAGGGUAUGUAUGCGGUCGGUCUUUACCACGUUCUGGGUUGA